AUGGUAAUUGGGCAUCAAGAUCGGGUUUAUUCGACUGCAAUGGACUUUAAGCGAAAGAUUUGUUUUUCUGGGUCGAUGGACUCUACAAUAAACAUAUGGAAUUUUGAAACUGGUGAAUUGCUAAAAAUACUUGAAGGACACUCUUCGCUCGUCGGGUUAUUAGCUCUAGUUGAUGAUGUGCUCGUCUCGGCAGCAGCGGAUGCAACAUUAAGGAUCUGGGAUCCAGUUACGGGAGAAUUGCGGAGCAAAUUGAAAGGCCAUGCAGCUGCAAUUACAUGUUUUGAACAUGAUGGCUUAAAAGUUGUUAGUGGAAGCGAGAAGAUGUUAAAAUUGUGGGACGUCGAAAAGGGUGCGUUUGCAAGGGACUUGUUGAAUGACGUCACCGGAGGUAUAUGGCAGGUGAGAAUUGAUUAUAAAAGAUGUGUUGCAGCUGUGCAACGGUUCAACAGUGAUGAUGAGGGAGAGACAUUCAUUGAAAUUUUGGAUUUCAGUGAACCUCCAAAGUUUUGA